AUGAAGGAUCGUGAUUUUCACCAUCGUAAAGCCGUGAAAACCAAUUCUGCUUUUCACUGGGCUCGCUAUAGAAAGUUAAGAAAUAGGGUCAAUCGUGAAGUCAAGGCAGCAAAAUCCAAGUAUUAUUGUGACUUGAUUUUAGAGGCUAAAGGGGAUUCAGGAAAGAUCUGGAAGGCGGUGAAUGAGGUGUCUUCGCGCAAGACUAAAUCCUCGAGCCCACAAUGUAUCGUAGUUGAUGGUGUUGAACACACCACCCCAGCCUCUAUUGCAUCCGUGCUCAACUGUUAUUUCUCAUCCAUUGGCAGAAGUCUUGCAAAUAAAAUAUCAGCUGCUGCUAUGUUC